GUCAUCAAAUCAGCUGUGUAUCACACACUGGGAACAUGUAACACAACAAAUGUGCGUAUUUAAAUUAUCGGUGUGAAAAUGUCCACUGAGACUAUUGAUAAAAAAACAACUAAAUGUUUAUGAUAAAUUCACGUUGGAAGAGACAUGGCGCGUCGGAGAAGCAGCGGUAUCACGAGCCUGGGGUUUAGCCAGGACCAAGGCUGCUUCACUUGCUGCCUAACAUCUGGCCUGCGCGUUUAUAAUGUGGACCCACUUGUUGAGAAGGCGCAUUACAGCAAAGAGGAGCUCGGCGAGGUGUCACUCUGCGAGAUGGUGUUCCGUACGAACUGGCUGCUGGUUGUGCGCGCGCGCCGGCCCUGCUGCCUUCUGUUGCUCGACGACCAGCGCCGCGCGUUUAGCGCAGAAGUUACCUUCAAGUCUCCCAUACGAGCGCUCAGGGCGAGGAAGGACAAAGUAGCAGUGGUUCUAACAUGUAGCGUGCAAGUGUUAUCACUGCCGAGCCUACAGCGCGUGGCUCUGCUGCGCACGCCGCCCGCCGCGCCCGCAGCUCGCCCUCUCUGCGCGCUGGCCACUGAUCCCAACGCGCUGCAGAUACUCGCUGCGCCCGCGCACCGCAAGGGCUCGCUGCAGUUACUAGACGUAUCCCGCGCGGUGAAGGGCGCGCAGUCGAGCUCACCAGCGGUGUUGAGCUGCCACCAGUCAGAAGUAGCAUGUCUGAGUGUGGCGGCUAGUGGCUCUCGACUUGCCACCGCAUCACGUCGCGGCACCAUCAUCCGCCUUUGGGACACCACCACAAAGCAGAUGCUGCACGAACUUAGGCGCGGCUCCGACUAUGCGGAUGUUUACUGUAUAAGUUUCAACGGGGACGCAUCUCUGGUGUGCUGUGUGUCGGACAAGGGCACUUUGCACGUGUGGGCGACGCGCGGCCCCGCACGACAUCUGUGCUGCGCCGCCGCGCCCCCGCACCGCGCACUCUGCGCACUCAGCGACGACCGCACCGCCGUCGUGAUAUGUGAAGAUGGAACUUUCCAUAAGUUCACUUUUUCAGCGGAAGGUAACUGCCAUCGAAAUGAUUUUGAAUAUUUUUUGCAGGUAGGCGACGAUGAUGAGUUCCUGCAUUGAUUUUUAAUUACUUAAAAUUUGGACUAAGAAAUGUUAUCUUUUAAGAAAUGAUUUGACAAAUUUGUAAGUCAACAAAAAAAAGCCUCGUUUGAUGAAACUUUUUUAUUAUCGUGCUAAAUGUGUGAUAUAAUCUGUGGUAUUUUGCUACUGCGCAAAAAUGUUGCCAUUGAUAAUAAAAGAUUAAAUCUGUGCAGGGUCA